AUGGCCUUGCCCCUUCGAUUCAUUGAGGCGGUGCUCUUCCUCACACCUGCCUCCGAUUCCAAUUUUGGGAAUCUGAUGAUAAUCUCGGCCUCUAGGCUUUCUCCACCUCCGUCUCCGCCUGUCACGCCGCCGUCGCUGUUCACCUACUCGCCACCAUCGCCGCCUUCUUCACCGCUGCCACCCUCUCAGACACCACCGCCAUGGCCGCCUAUUCAACCGUCGCCACCACAUUCUGCACCGCCACCGCCACCACCGUCUUCCGCCGCUUCACCAUCGUCGUCGGCUGGCGUCGCCUCGUCUAAGGACGCCCCCCUCUCUGCCUCCGCCUCACCGACAAAUAAAGGGAAGGGCAAAUUUUUUGAUGAAGAGGACUCCGAAGUACCUCCACCUACGGCCUCGCUCCACCGCUCUCGCCGCCGCGCUCCUCCGCCGCCCACUAAUGGUGCCUCUACUUCUCAUGCCCGGUCUACCGCUGCUUCAUCUGAACCCGAUCUCGUGCUCCCCAUAUGUGCAGCCGACGCCUUCAAUCACCGGUUAUUUCUCCCUUCAAAUCAAUCUUGGUGGUAUCUGGUAAGUCAACGUGCCCUUGCCUCUGAGUGUCCAUUGGGACAUGCUUUUGAUGAUUUUGGAAUUACUGAUAUCCUUCGUCGCAUUGGUAUUCUCGACACGGUAUCUCGCAUCGAGCAUUUUGAGAGUCAAGCUGUGUAUGAUUUCUAUGCCAAUUUAUCCCAUGGUGUGUCUGAUUGUCGGAGUCCGUUCUAUGAACACGUGUAUGUCUUCAAACGCGUCUAUGAGUUCAACUCUGCCCGAAUAGCUGAAUUGUUUGAUCUCCACACUGUUGGAGUUGUUGCCCCAACUGUCUCUGUUAUCUCCACCCUUACUGGAGGUCAAUCGGGAUCGUGGCCACUCCGCACGACCUCUCUUACAAUGACCUAUCGCGUCUUGUUCUCAAUUGGUGCUGCCAAUUGGUUCCCUACUGCCCAUCAUGGCGUGAUGGGCACACUUUCAUACCUGGAUUAUGUUUCACAGAUUGUUGCAACAGUUGAUUCUGAGUUGUUCAGAGGGAUUUUGCUACUGAAUGUUACAAAGUUGGUGACCUGA